AUGGACUCCGAUGGUGAUGGAAUGACCAAUGGUCAGGAACUGGGUGACCCCCAGUGCAUCUGGACCCUUGGAGCCACGCCCACACGGACCGCUGGUCUCACACACCCAGGUGUCCAGAAACGGGUUCUGAGGUUUCCACGAACAGCAGUUCCAGCCAACAAAACCACCUACGUUUGCAUGACCUUUGACCUGGAUGAAUCACAAGAUUACCACAUGAUUGCCACUAAACCGGAAAUUGACAACGCUGACGUCAUGCACCAUAUUCUCUGUUUUGGCUGCCAUGAUGGCGCGCCCGUCAUGUCCCGUCCUGGAGACUGUGGGAUGUUUUCUCCUGUUUGUCAAGACUUAAUAGGCUUGUGGGGUGUUGGUCUACCUGGUCAGUGUCUCUACAAGGAAACUGGCUUCAGAAUUGGCAAAACCGGCUACAAGAGGGUCCUGCUUCAGUUUCACUGGAACAACCCCCACAAGAUAUCCGGACAGAUGGACGGCUCAGGCUUCAGCAUCUUCUACACCCCCAACCUCCGCCCUCACGACACGGGAGUCUUUUGGACUGGUGACAGCCACCUAGUGAUCCCACCGGGACGAAGCAGGACCGUGGUCGAAUCUAUGUGUCCAUCACGGUGCACCAAGAAGAUCCUCAGAGACACCAUAUACCUAAUUGAGGGAUACGUCCAUAUGCAUUAUAAAGGUAAGUUUGCUCCUAUCUGUUGA